AACAACAAAACUCACCAUGAAUUGCUAAACUCCCCUUGUUCUUUGUCCACAAGGAAUUGCAGUAUCUGUCACGUAUAAGCUCCCUGGUCACUUCAAAAUGGAAGGAAAGCACCAAAACCUGAUCCAAAUCCCAAGAGUGAAACUGGGUAGCCAAGGAUUAGAGGUUUCAAGGUUGGGUUUCGGAUGUGCAGGACUUUCAGGCUAUCUCAGCGCUCCCCUCUCUCAUGAAGAAGGAUGCAACAUAAUCAAACAAGCUUUCAUCAAAGGAAUAACUUUUUUUGAUUCUUCUGAUCUGUAUGGUGCUGAUCAUGACAAUGAAAUGAUGAUUGGAAAGGCUUUGAAACAGCUCCCGCGAGAGAAGAUUCAGUUAGCUACAAAGUUUGGGAUUAUACCAUUAGGAGGAUUUGAAAUUGCAGUUAAAGGGACACCUGAAUAUGUAAGGAACUGCUGUGAAGCGAGUCUCAAGCGCCUUCAAGUUGAUUAUAUCGACCUCUACUAUCAGCAUCGUGUCGACAUAUCUGUGCCAAUAGAAGAAACUAUGGGAGAGCUAAAGAAGCUGGUGGAAGAGGGGAAGAUAAAGUACAUCGGGUUGUCUGAAGCAAGUGGAAACACAAUCAGGAGAGCCCAUGCUGUUCAUCCGAUCACUGUCGUUCAAAUGGAGUAUUCGUUGUGGAGUCGUGACAUCGAAGAUGACAUAAUUCCACUUUGUAGGGAGCUUGGAAUUGGGAUAGUGGCUUACAGUCCUCUGGGUCGAGGGUUCUUUGGGGGCAAAGCAAUUGCAGAGAGCUUGCCAAGUGAAAGCUCAUUGGCUUAUCAUCCAAGGUUCAUCAAGGAGAGUUUAGAACAGAAUGAAGCUAUUUACAGAAGGCUUACUAACCUUGCUGUGAAGCACGGUUAUACCACAGUUCAGUUGGCUUUAGCUUGGCUGCUCCAUCAGGGUAUUGAUAUUAUUCCCAUCCCAGGGACAACCAAACUUGGGAACCUUGACAGCAACAUUGAGUCAUUGGGUGUGAAGCUAACAGAGAAAGAUUUCAAAGAAAUUGGUGAUGCCGUGCCGGUUGAUGAAGUUAGAGGCCAGCGAGAAUACGAUGUUCUCACCAAAUAUAUGUGGAAGUUUGCAGAUACCCCAUUAAGGAGUUGAAACCCUAUGUUAAGAGUACUUCUCACCAUUUUGAAACAAUUCAAGUCCUUAGUGGACUCGCCAUGCUUUUGUUAGACAUUAUUGCAUUGUAACCACUGCAGACAUGAAUGAACACUUCAGUUAAGGAACCACAGUUGUACUCA